GACACCCAACAGCGUGGGUUUGUGGAACUCGCCGGUGAUUUAAAAAUGACGCACGCUGACGCAGAGCCCCAGCGACCCUCCCUCUAUCUAGAAGUUUGUGGCCAAGGUGAGGAGGCUCGUCUUCCUCUGCACUCCUCCAUCACCCUCUUCCUCCUCUCCUACUGCGGCUGUGAGUCCUUCAAAGUGUCCCUGGUGUCCUCCACGCCCUCCUGCUCAGGGGCACUGAGGCAGGGUCUCGUACCGGGGGGUGUGGAGGUGUGUGAGGCUCAGCUGGAGGGUCUCCCCCUGCUGGUGAGGGGCUGUCGGCUCCCCGCUGUGCUGGAUGAGACCGGACAGCUGUGCAAGGCCGGACUGGCCGUGGUGCUGAGACACAUCAUCAACCAGACUGUGGAGGCCGACCCCUCCAGGAAGGACGUGCAGGAGCUGCUGGGCUUCAAGAAGACCUGCCUGAAGGCCUGUGCUGAGGUGAGCCAGUGGACUAGACUGUGUGAAACUGGCAUCCCCUCCGCGGUGGAAGAGCACCUCCAGAACCCCACCGAUCAAUAUCAGCAGCUGCCUCUCUCCAUCCUCUCCCUGGAGCGACGGCUGGCGGAGCCGGUCAAAGUCCACAACGAUGACAAAAUACGCCGGCAGAAACUCCAAGAGCAGAGAAAGAAUGAGAAGAAGGAGUCGCCCGAAGUCCAGGCAGAUGUGAACAAUGAGCGGCAGCCUGGACCGUCGCCUCAGGUCCCUGAUGGACUGGAGCUCAGGGCUGCUCUGGCCAAGCUGUCGGUAGAUGCAGUUCCCGCUGUGACCACCAGGGAGAGCUCUGAGAUCAGGAAAGUGAAGUCGGCAGAUCUCCCUCCGCUGGAGCAUUUGUUUGCUGAAGGCCUGUACUUCACUCUGACGGACGUGGUGCUGCUGCCAUGCAUCUAUCAGUACCUGUGUUCCCUCCAAGCCCACGCUGUGAGCACUCUGCGUCAGUUCCCCCACCUGCUGCGAUGGUUCAGCCGUGUACAGGAGGUACCUGGGGUCCUUCGUGCAGCCAAGGCUUGUGGGAUGGCUCUUUCCAACCUCCAAGUUCCCACGUCCAUACUCCCAGGGCUGUCAGCAAAGGACAACCCGACUAGUCAACUGGAGCCAGAAGAAAACCAGGAGACGACGUCACAACUGAAUUUUGUCGGUGGCCCCAGGCCCACGAUGACUAAACUCAAAGAGAAAGGCAUCGAGGCAGUCUUCGCUCCUCAUCCUUGCCCUGACUGGACCCUCCCAUGGGACAGCUUACCAGGAGCUAUCAACCCCACUGAAGGUAAAAUGUCAAACAUCCGCGCCGUCAGGAAGAGGCAACAGCUGAAUAACUUGGUCGCCAUGGUAACGGAGAUGGCCAGGCCAGGACACACCAUCGUGGAUUUCUGCAGUGGAACGGGCCAUGUAGGGAUUGUUCUGGCUCACACUCUUCCAGAUUGCCAGGUCAUCCUCAUAGAGAACAAAGAAGAGUCCUUGGUCAGGGCCCAGUGUCGCGGUGCAGAGCUCGGGCUGAAAAACAUCGGCUUCAUUCAGGCUAAUUUGGAUUACUUCACUGGACCUUUUCAAAUUGGGGUGGCCCUCCAUGCAUGUGGCGUUGCAACGGACAUGGUGAUGGAGCAUUGUAUCCAGGCAGCAGCCGCGUUUGUCAUCAGUCCCUGUUGCUAUGGCUUCAUUCAGAACGCAGUCAAGUUCACCUUCCCCAAGAGCAAAAGGUUCAAAGAAACUCUGACUUAUAAGGAACACAUGAUCCUUUGCCGCUUCGCAGACCAAACUGCUGUCCAGCUCCCUCCUGACCGACGACACAUCGGUAAAGACUGUAUGGGCCUGGUCGACUUGGACCGGUCGUGGGCAGCAGAGACCCACGGCUACUCGGUGCGGGUGAUGACCAUGGAGCCUGAAAGCUGUUCACCGAAGAACAACAUGCUGGUGGGGAAGCUGCUGCAGAAGAGCGGACUGGGAGUCAGCGCGAGCCAACUGGAAGCAGUGGUGCAUAACUCGGACUGAAAGCAGCGGUGAACAGCAGAGCAUCGUCUGCAUGGUCAGGGUUCGAUAAGGUCCUCAGUGUCUGUGCUGAAAAUACGACUAUUUUGUAUCCAACCUCCACAUUUUAUUUUUAUUCACUUUUAACAAGUGUCCCGUUUUUGUAAGUAAUGACCUCAGGAAAUAAAAAGAGAUGUCUGCUUA